AUGAAGUCCAACAAGUCCACGGCUGCUCCUAGCAGUGCGUACCUUCGUUUCCAACAGGCAGGCGAGAAAGCUCUACAGGAGAAGCAAUUUGAUUCUGCCAAACGUGCAUUUGAUCAUGCUAUUUUACAAGUCUCCCACGAUCCCAACCGGGAUACAUCGACCUUGAUCUCGAUUCUAGAUCUGCGACUUGAAGCGCGACUUAAGUUGGGAGACUUUGAUGCUGCUGUCAAAGAUGCUCGCACCAUGUUACGUUACGAUCGAACCGAUGCUCGUGGCUACCUACGAUGCGGCCAGCUGGCCAGGCUGAAGAGUGAAUUUGCUGGAGCACAAACGUGGUAUCAGCAGGGACUCAAGAAUGUUCCUCAGAACCACGAAGGCUAUCGCAAACUGGCAUCGUUGAGCGCGAAAUCAAUUGACAAAAGCGCAGCACCACCAAACAAAUGUCGAGAUCCUCUCACCGUCCUGCCACUCGAAAUCAUCCACAUGGUGUAUCGGUAUCUAGAUCUGCAGGAGGCAACGUCAUGCUUGAGGGUAUCCAGGUUAUGGCGCAACAGUCUUCUUGCCACUCACUGCAUAUGGAAUACAUUCGAUCUCACGGGAAUCAAAAUACCCAUGAUAGUCAGGCACCUCAAGGCCUGUAUACGGCGUUUACCAAAUCCACCCACCACAGUUCGUUUGAAUAAAUUGACUCCUACUGCUGUCACGCACCUGUCAGAAUACCUUAGGGCGCAUUGGAAUAACACUCUAGAGCACCUUAGUAUUGACCUCCCUCACCUCCUGGAUUUGGACUCAUUUCGACGGUCGGCACGAGCAGUGAAGAGCUUGCACCUCGGUGUGCGGUGCCCGGUUGACUUCAAGUCGGUUAGCGAUCUACUUCGCAGUUGCAAUACGCUGCGAUACGCUCGUUUCGAUGCUAUCCUAAAGAGCCGACAACCUUCGGACCCCAUCCACGAUGAUUUGCGUUGUGAAUGGGAGGAGAAAAGACAGAAGACACCGUUACUUCUGGCCCAUCUUGCACUGACCGCCGUGUUUAGGCCAUGGGAGGGAGACGAGCGCUUCAUUGACCCGUCUGGUCUUUUCCACGACCUUCCAAACCUCGAAGAGUUACAGUGUAGCGGCUUUGCUUUUCGAGGCUUGGAUGCAGACCUGUCCAAGGCGAAGUGCUUGCGUCAACUGAUCCUACGAGAUUGCAGGCCUCAGUGUGACCUCAGGCUUCCCAGCUCACUAGAGGUCCUAAUAUGCAAAGAGACUCACUGUCCGCCAUGGCCAGUGCCGCAUCCACUGCUAGGGUUCCAACAACACGCUGAGAACGUCCAGACGUUAUUCAAUCUCAAAGUUCUCGAAAUGGAUCUUGAUGGUCGGCAUCUUUCGCGCGUUUUUAGACUGAUUAAAGAUUCUCCUACAGCAACAUUGACGAGACUCGAUCUCAGCGGUAGUGAUAUGGCGCCGCAACAUCUGAGAUCGUUAUUAGCGGCGGGGAAAUUGUCUCAACUUACCUUCCUCGGCCUCCGUCAUAUCGACUUACUCGACGAGCAUGUGCAAAGCAUUGCUGUUGGCUGCCCCAUGCUGGAACACGUCGAGUUUUCUGGCCUGAGAAUCACAGGUGUUGCGAUCAAGGAACUCUGCAUGCGCACCCAGAUCAAGGAACUCAGAUUGUCGGCCUGCUCUUGUAUCUCAGCAGAUGCGAUCGCGUGGGCAAGAGCCAGAGAAAUCACCGUUGUUAUUCAAGAACCCGAAUGCAGACGCACGUCAGCCAGGAGAGUGCGCUAUGGCUGA